AUGAAGGCCUCGGCGCUGCUCGCCAACCUGGUCCUGAAGGAGAAGUGCGUCUGCGUGCCCCUCUGGGCACCCCUCUCGGCGGAGGUGGAGGAGGAAGCGCGCCAGAUCCUCGGCUCCGUCUCCGAGCGGUGGCGGCUCUUCCGCAUCGCCCCGAUGGCGAAGGCGCUCGGGGCCCUCCUGGGCCCAGCAGCGUCGACGGACCUCCAGUGGGCGCCAACGCUGGAGAAGUGGGAAUGGCGCGCCGGGCAGAUUGCCGCUGCCCCCUACGAUGCACAGACGGCGGUGCAGGUCUACCACGAGAGGGCCCUGGCGGUCGCCUCGUACAAGGCGCAGCUCAUCCCGCUGCCGAAGCGCCUGCCCAAGGCAGAGCACCACGUGCUUUGUCGGCUGCUGCGGGCGCCGGGCAGCUGGCUCGGACUCUUGGAUUUCUCGGCCCUGGACCUGCUCGCUUUUACCCCGAUACACCUCCUUGGGGACCUCUGCGCAGCGGCCCGCGUGCGCACCGCCACGCAGACCUUGGUGACAUGGCGCGCGAUGGCGCGGGCCCUCCGCGAGACGGCAGCGCGGUGCCUUUCGCUCGAGGCCCUCGGCCGAGGGCUCGCGUGGCCGGGCUUCUGGGAAGCGAGGCCCCUUGCCAUGCUCCUGGAGGAGGCGGCGACGCUGCUGGGCUCGGAGAUUGCCCUGAGGGUCGCGUCGCUGGAAGCCGAGGCGCGGCGCUGUGAGGGGAGGCGGCACCGUCUUCAGGCCGCGCUGAUGCGCGCCCUCGCGCUGCCCGAUCGACGCUCGGGCCUGGCUGCGAGGGUGCGCAAGCGCCUGGAGAAAUGGCGCGUCACGAAUUUGACAGCCAACGCGCCAUCGUCCUUCGACGACGGCCACGUGUCCGGUUCUUCGCGGGAGUACAGCUCGCAGGCUCUGCCGCUACGCGAGAGACGAAGCUCUACCCAGUCGCGCCCGCCCAUGGUGCCGCCGCUGGUCGGGAUGCCCGGGCCUCCGCUCCAGGCGGGCGGCAGCCGGCUGGGAGGCGGCAGUUGGCCAGGAGCAUGGGAUGAUCAGGACCUGGACUUGAACGACAAGCGGGGGUCAAACUUCUGUACCGCUUGGGGUAGCGAGUGUACAUUUCAGUGA